AAUUAUUUACUGCAGAUAAGCAGACCUCUUUUGCACAGUUUUGCGGGUCCACAGAUCAGUCCACAGAUCUUAGAAUCUACACUUGCAGCCAUGACUACAGCAGGAAAGGUAAUCAGGUGCAAAGCGGCUGUAGCCUGGGGUCUCAGCCAGCCUCUGGUCAUAGAGGAGAUCGAAGUGGCCCCCCCCAAAGAAAGGGAGGUCCGCAUCAAGAUCGUGGCGACGGCGGUGUGUCACACGGACCUCUACUUCCUGCGUGAGAGGUCGAGCAGCGAGGGCUUCCCAGCAGUGCUGGGCCACGAGGGCGCGGGGAUUGUGGAAAGCGUGGGCCCUGGAGUGAGCAGACUCAAAGCAGGGGACAGGGUAAUACCCCUGUUUGUUUCCCAGUGUGGGGAGUGUCGCUUCUGCUUGAACCCUGAGACCAACCACUGCAACAUGAACUGGUCAAGCCUGAGGCCUGGAAAGAGGUAUGAUUUGGCAUCAGACACCACGUCACGGAUGACGUGCAAGGGACAGACCCUCCUUCAGUCCAUGGGGACCAGUACCUUCUCAGAGUACACUGUGGUCAGUGAGAUUGCAGUGGCCAAAAUUCCUGACUCUGCCCCGCUGGACAAGAUGUGCUUGCUGGGCUGUGGUGUCUCCACAGGUUACGGUGCCGCCAUUAACACUGCCAAGGUCAAACCCGGCUCCACCUGUGCCGUGUUCGGACUCGGUGCCGUGGGUCUGGCAGCGGUGAUGGGCUGCAAGGCCGCUGGUGCCGCCAGGAUCAUCGCAGUUGACAUCAACGAGGACAAAUUUGAAAAGGCGAAGCUGUUUGGUGCCACCGAGUUCAUCAACCCCAGGAAGCACAGCAAACCCAUCCAGCAGGUGCUGGCUGAGAUGAGCGAUGGAGGUGUGGACGUCUCCCUGGAGUGUACCGGCAAUGUGGAUGUUAUGAGAAGUGCGCUUGAGUCUUGCGUGAAGGGCUGGGGGGUCAGUGUGGUGGUGGGCUACACAGACACCCACGAUGUGUCCACUCGGCCCAUUCAGCUACUCAGCGGGCGCACAUGGAAGGGCUCGCUGUUCGGAGGCUAUAAGAGUGUGGAGAGUGUCCCAAUGCUGGCCAACGACUACAUGACCAACAAGCUCAAGUUGGAUGAGUUUGUGAGCCAUACUCUACCCCUGGACAGCAUUAACGAGGCCUUUGACCUUUUGGUUCAAGGGAAAAGCAUUCGAACAGUCCUAAAGGUGUCUGCAGGAAACUGAGAAGUGCCGCGACCUGCCUUGUGUUUAAAGAUUCAUGACUUCUGGUUCGCUGAAGAAAAUUCAUUCUUACCGCUCAUAAUAAUAUUCACUGCUGCUCGUGAUUCACGGCUCUAUCCUCGAUUGUCCUUCGCCUGGGUUACCAGUUGCACUUUUGUAAUUCCAGCCCUGAAAAAUAAAGCGACGAUAACAGAUCCGA